AUGUUGAAACCAAAAGCUUUAACCCAAGUACUUAGUCAAGCCAAUACCGGUGGCGUAGAAAAUACAUUGUAAGUAAAAUAUUUUUUUCAUUGAAAAGAAUAUUAAUAUAAUAUUAAUAUUAAUAUAAUCCAAUAAUAUGACGAGAUAUAUAAUAUUAUAUAUAAUAUUAUAGAUAAGCUUUUAAUGUAUACUCAAAUGAAAUUAUAUAAAUGAAUUUAUAUAUAUUUUUGAUUGUUAUUAUAACGAAGAACAGUUGGAAAAUUUUAUGAUUAUUUUAAUGAAAAUAUUUUAAAUGAAAAUUUCAGAUUAUUAAAUAGAGAUGGUGGUUUGUUGGCUUACAGUGGUUACGGAGAUAAGGAUGCAAGAGUAACUGCUGCUAUUACAAGUAACAUUUGGUCAGCUUAUGAAAAGAAUGGACGAAAUGCGUUUAAAGAAGAUGAAUUGCAAUUUGUAUUGAUGGAUUGUGUGGAGGGCAAAGUCGUUAUUACCGAAGUAGCUAAUUUGUUGUUAUGUUUGUAUGCAAAAGAAAAUGUAGGAUUUGGAUUAUUGAGAGAAAAAGCACAAGCUUUAGCAAGAUAUCUUGAUCAACCAUUAAAAACAAUAGCAAAUAUGCCUUAA